UAGUGCCCGCCACACGCUGCUGAGCGCUCCCAUUCCAAUUCCUGUUCUCCCCCGGAAAACCCAGCCAAUACCCCUUCCCCCACUUAAAAAAAUCAUCGAAAUCGAGGAAAAAUUAAUUAUAAGAUUCGGAAAAGUUCUCUCUUUCUUCUCCUCUUCCACUACCCCCAGAUCGGAUCAAGGCUUCAGAUUCUGUAAGUUUGAUAUGGUUACAGAGCCCCCCUCGUCGAUGAAAAACGUGGAAAAUACUAUAGCUGAGCAACCAGUUGGCAGGUUGGUCCCCAACAAAAAGAACACAGGAAAAGUCCCAAAGAAAGAACACAAAGCAAAGAGAGAAAAGCUGAAACGUGUUCAUUUAAAUGAGCUCUUCUCAGAGCUGGGUCAUGCUCUUGAACCAGCUGGGCAGAAUAAUGGCAAGGCCUCUAUAUUAGGUGAUGCCACUCGGUUACUACAGGACCUUGUUGCACGGCUAGGAUCUCUCAGGAAGGAAAAUGCUGCUUUGGUGUCUGAAUCUCACUAUGUUGCUGUGGAAAAGAAUGAACUUAAAGAUGAGAAUGCUGUCCUUGGAGCUGAGAUAGCGAGACUGCGAAAUGAGCUACAUGAGAGGAUGCACUCUGAUACCGUGUGGCAUAGUGGAGCAGAGGUGGCUCCUCCCACUAUGCCACAACCCACAAGUGCAGCACUUCCAGUGCAACAGUCUCCUGUCGGACCCCUUUAUGUCAUCCCCCUCCACCAAGAUCUGCAUCCCUUCUCAGACACUGGAAAUAUAGCAACUCUGAAACCCCCUUCCCAUGUGAGGAGGCCACAUGCCAGAUAUCCCACACCAUCAGACUCCUGGUCACUUGAGCUCCUGUCAAGGCAUCAAAGAGCAGCACAUGAAGCGCUGCACAACACCAGCACCACCAUCGCCACGUUUAAUAGCAGGAAAGAAGGCACAGAUAAAGCGUAGCUGGGAACCAUCUGAGGGAGAGACAUGAACACCCUGACACUCCAGAUAUAUCAGUGUGUGGUGGUCAUUGGAACAUGUAGAUAGCAUCACUAUUGAUGAUGAUGAUGACGACAAUAAAAGUGCAUAGAGUUAAUAAGAAGGGAUUUACAACCACAUGCAUGUAGCUGGAGCAAUGUAUCUUUGUCAUAACAUUUUGAAAUUUGAAUUCAGGCAUGUCUGCAUGCAGUUCUUGUGACAUUUGUUUUACAGUCUUUCUCUGUUCUUGGCGAUGGUAGGGUUGAA